GAGAAUAUCAAAUAGUGAUAUAUCUAUGCCAGCUAGAUCGGGGAAAUGGAUCACUGUAUAAAUUAAGUAUAUAAAUGAAAUUCAUCAAUACUUUUACGACUGCAUAAAAUUACAAGUUCAUGACAUGUACACACGUCCUGGAUUUAACAAUUCCAUUGGAAUUAAACAAACAUUUAACAGUUAUUCAGUAGUGUUCUAUAAAUAAUCCCAUAAACUAUCCAUCCAUGGCAUCCACAUCCAAUUUAACUUUGCACUUAACAUUAAUACAACAAUUAUGGCUUCCACCAACAAGGCAGUCAUUGCAUUAUUGUUCUUGUCUUGCUUGGUUUUCCUUGUUUCUGUUUCUUCUGCGGCUAAUUCAACAGCCGGCCUCAAAGUUGGCUUCUACAGAAAAUCAUGCCCACCCGCAGAAGCCAUUGUCCAAAAAUACGUCAACAAAUUCGUCUUCCGCAACCCUGGAUUUGCCGCCGGCCUUAUCAGGCUUCAUUUCCACGACUGCUUCGUCAGGGGAUGUGAUGCUUCUGUGUUGUUGGAUGGAGCAAACUCGGAAAAGCAAAGUAUACCAAACCGAGGAAGCUUGAGAGGUUUUGAGAUAAUCGACGCAGCAAAAGCUGAAUUGGAGAUUCGAUGCCCUGGAAUCGUUUCUUGUGCCGACAUUCUCGCAUUUGCCGCAAGAGACAGCUCAUGGAGAGUUGGUGACAUAUUCUACGAAGUACCCGCUGGACGCCGUGAUGGAAACGAGUCCAACACACUCGACCCACUUCUCAAUCUUCCCCCACCUUUCUUCAACGCCACUCAACUCAGGGACAAUUUUGCAAGAAAGGGUCUCACACUCGACGAAAUGGUGACACUCUCAGGGGCUCACUCCAUUGGAAUUGCUCACUGCACCUCCUUCAACGGACGUCUAUACCCGACCGUGGACCCCACUCUCGACCCUAACUACGCCGUUUUCUUGAGAAAUAUCUGCCCGGCGCCAGUUGCCAAUGCCACAGGUCCACCAAGUGUGAACCCUACGGUGAAUCAGGAUGUCAUAACUCCGAAACGUUUGGACAAUUUGUACUACGAGCUGUUGAAGCAGAAAAAGGGACUUCUUACGUCGGAUCAGGUACUUAUGACAAGCACUUUGACCUCCAAAAUUGUACUGAAAAAUGCUCAGAACAGUCCUGCAUGGGCUAAGAAGUUCGCCGCUGCAAUGGUCAAAAUGGGCAAGAUUGACGUGCUCACCGGCACCCAGGGCGAGAUCCGAGAAAACUGCCGCCUCGUCAACUGAUUGCUAAUCAUGCAUGCUUAAUUUCUAAAUAUAUUUUUAUCAUUAUAAGAUUCAAUCCUUGCGUGACGGUCGUAUUCAUUUUUUUCAAAUUAACUUUGAUUACCCUUCUCCUUACAUUUUCAUGGUACCGUAUGUUGUUAAAAUUUGAUUCAUUAAUUUAUGUUCUGGUUCCUUUGUUCUUUCCAUCAAAGUGGAAUAUGUUUUGUAACAUAAUAUUUGUAAUACAUGAGAUGAGAGUUCAAAUGCUGGUUUUGCUUUCUAACUUGUAUAUUUCAGCUAUUAUUCCUCCAUUUUCGUAUGUUUACCUACACAACACUGUGAACACCAAGAAGCACAAGAAUCAAUGUCGUCCAAAAGUACAAUAUUGAAUUAGAGUGCAAAUUGUUGAGUUC